CCUAGGUUUGGACGUUGGCAUACCACUCCCUGGCAACCCCGUACACCUCAUAGAUAGCAGCGUUGUCCACCAUGUUCGCCAUCCGCCGCUCACUCCUCCUCUCAGCCCGUCCCUCCUCCAUCUCCACCCUGACGGCCACCUCCAUCCGCCUCAACUCGAACCUCACCUCGACCCCUACUCGCCAGGUGACGGAUCCCAAGGAGAAUGUCACCCAGUCCAUCGUCUCCCAUGACCAGGCUACUAUCGAUGCUCACCAAAACAGUGGAUUGACGACUUCGCACCCGAGUCCGGAGAUCAUCAGUGCGGACGUCUUGAGCGAUGCGCCUUACGCCCUCCACGCCCGCCAAGUCCGCAUCUACCAACCCACCAAAUCCACCAUGCAAUCCGCCAAACAAGGGACCUCGCACUGGCAGAUCGACUGGGACACCCUCCAGGGCGCCGGUCGAUGGGAGAACGAGCUGAUGGGCUGGGGAUCUACCGCGGACUACAUGCAGGGAACGUCGAUGAGGUUUAGGACGAGGGAGGCGGCCAUCCAUUUCGCCGAGAAGCAGGGGUGGAGUUAUCAGGUCGACAAGGUUCAGGAGGCGAGGAUCCCGCCGAAGUCGUAUGCCGAGAACUAUGUCCAUAUCCCUGGAAAGCUCCGACGAUACCAGACCAAAUAGACGUAGUAUGCCUCGGGCAUUUGGCGUUGGCAUGUCGCGGCCGGGAUUGGUAUCUCUUGUUGAGAGGGAAGAGCUGAAGAAAGGGCGCGAGCUGAAUUUUGUCGGUACGAGACACUCGGUGCGAAGCGCAUGCGAGAAGAGGAGCUCAAGGAUGGAUGGAGGAGGAGUUGUACAAGUUCGUUUCUUCUGUUUACUAUGAUUGACCGAUUUAUUACAGCGAGACAUCGAUCGGUCAAACGAGGCGAUCGUCCGACCGUUCCCAUUCAC